AUGCGCUACAGAAACUGGGAUGUCCUUCUUUUUCCUGGAGGUUCGAAGGUUCCUAUACAAGAGUUUAAGACGCAAUGCUUUGUGACCAAGGACAAAGACUCGCCCUAUCUCCACAAUGAAGUCUUCCUCGGCCCUCAUGCACACCAUCCAAAUCCAGGUAUCUUUAACCAGCUGCCAGUCCUCACGACAUUUAUCCCAAGUCUGCCCAAAGACACUCCGUUCCAAGUCUCUGUUCAUAGUUGGGAGAAACCACGCCCUAGUGUCCAGAUCGAGUCAAACAUGGAACCAGAAGAUGUCUUACUUUUCGAGGUGCGGAUCUUCAUUGACGGGGUCUUCGUUGCUGGUAGUAUCUAUGGACAGAGAACUAGUUGGCCACAGAUUAUGGAUCUGGGUUCUAAUCUUGAUCGAGAUGGAAACCAAGAUACCCUUCGAUUUCCUCCAUUUCAUUCUGAGAUACUACAGCAGAGGCAUUGGGAUGCCGGAGAUUCUCAAGGUAGAAUCAAGACUGUCAUUGCUGAAGGUUUCUCUCGUCCCAAUCGCACGCCCCCUUUCGAGCGAUACAAGCAUGUCACUGUUUUCUCUUUCCAGCAUGCACCACUAGAUGUGUUGGAAUUCUCCGACAUUGCUUGGCCCAAUCCCAAUAUGUGGCUUGCUAUGCCCAAUGGAUCCCGGUACGGAUCGGCAGCGAGAUACAGUGCCUCCAAGGUGGUUGCUGAUGGCGAUGGCACCCAUGGACAUUCGCCAAGCAAGACUAGCAGACCCGAACAUCGAAUCACGAUCACGGCGAACACGAGUAGUCAAUCUAGCAGCAAUGCAGCUACUUACAGCGGUAGUACUCCGUCAACCUACAAUGCCUGGACCCCUCACCGUGGGCUUCCUAUCCCUUCCACACAAUGGAACGGCUAUUCGCAGGAACCUCGAUGGGAGCCACAGGAUGCAUACAUCGUGGAACCUGGAAUGGAUUCUUUCAUUGAUGAUACAGCAUGGCGGCAGCGUGGUGCUCGAUCAUCUCGUGAGGAUGUUCCAAUGCCAGACUAUGCCUCCACUGGAUCGACGACCAGCAGCCGGGCCAUCUCCAGCAUGACUGGGAUGAGCUAUGAACACAGCAAGCAGCCCAGCAUCAAUUCCUGUCUUGACGAUGAGCAAUACAAUGAGUUGAUCCAAGCUCUGACUCCAACUAAGGCGCCUCCAGUGGGUACUCGUGCUCCCUCUAAUACUCCAUCCACUGCCGCCACCACAAUGUCUGCCUCAAAGCCUUCUGCUGCAGCCGAAGCUCGAUCUGCAAGUUACAAGUCUCGAAAUCGCCGUUCAUCCGCUCUCCGGGAGAUAUCGCAACCAAGCACCCGCGAUGUUUCGGGAUCGAGUGAGCCCAAGGACUUGACUACAUCCAAAGUAGGGGCGAGUCCAAGCGAAAAGGUCCGGAGCAAAAAGGAGAAUCAGAAAGAGGCCAGUCAGGAGACCCCCAAAGCGAAGUCCAAAGGUAAGGGCGUUGCAAAGGAAAACUGCAACUUCAAGGAAGCUGGAAAUGCGCUGGACGAGAAUUUGCAGGACGAGAAUGAGUCAAUGUUGUAG